AUGCCGCCGAUUCUGCAUACACAUCUCGACGAUAAAGAAAUCGAGGAGUUAUUGGAAUCUUCAGAAAUUGAAGAUUUCAUUCCAUCUGACGUAGACGUAGGUGACCCCGAGUGGUCAAUUCACCACGUAAGUGUAUCUAUACCUUCAACAUCAUACUCGGGAGAUUCUUCCUCCGAACCUGAAAGUGAUAAGGAAAACUCCCAAAAGAAAAGAAGACGACGUGGAAGAAAGCGUGGAAAAGGACGAGUAAGGGGUGGAGGCAGAGCAAACCAUCAAGCUUCUCCUCUUCUCUCCUCUCCUUCGGAGCGCGGAACAACAUCUUCAGGUAAUUGGAGUGUUAAAGAUUUCCACCCUCGUUUUCCUGAAUUGAUGCAACCAGCAUAUUUGUGGACUGACACGGUAGGAAACUGCACAGUUUAUGAUUCUGAAAUCUUUGACGAUAGAUAUACAGUGUACAGAAGAGAUCGUGCAAUUAAUAAACUUGGUGGCGGGGUUCUCAUAGCUGUAUCUAACAAUUUAACAUCUUGUAGAAUAUCUAAUUGCAAUACUGAAUGUGAAGAUCUUUGA